GAUGCAAAAAGAAACAACAACAACAACAACAACAAAGAUAAGAGAGAGAAACACAAGAAAAGCUUCUUAGAGAGAGAAAAUUCCAUUAAUGGCGUCUUCAGCACCACUACAAUUCAGCGAAUCAACCGCUGCUACAUCAACACACAUUCUAUUCCACUCUCUCUCCUCUCCUACUUCUCUCCGCCACCGCGUCAAUCUCUCUCCUCUGACUCAAAAACGCCGUUAUUCUCCUCCUAAAGCAUGCUCUUCUUCGCCGCAACCGCAACCACAAACGCAACCACAACCGCGCAGACAGUUUCUAGCGCAUUCGGCUGCCGCUGUUGCGUUGAGUCUCUCUCCUCUGGUAGCGAAAUCGGAGGAUGCGUUAUCGGAAUGGGAGAGAAUUUACCUUCCUAUUGAUGCUGGUGUUGUUCUUCUUGAUAUCUCUUUUGUUCCUGAUGAUCCUAAUCACGGAUUUUUGUUAGGGACUAGGCAAACGAUUUUAGAGACAAAGGAUGGGGGACAGUCUUGGGUGCCGCGUAGUAUAGCAUCAGCUGAAGAAGAGGAUUUUAAUUACAGGUUCAACUCUAUAAGCUUCAGAGGGAAGGAAGGUUGGAUAGUUGGUAAGCCUGCAAUUCUAUUGUACACUAAUGAUGCUGGGGAAAACUGGAAAAGGGUACCAUUGAGUUCUCAGCUUCCAGGAGAUAUGGUGUAUAUAAAGGCAACAGGUGACAACAGUGCAGAGAUGGUAACUGAUGAGGGAGCAAUAUACAGUACUUCAAAUGGGGGUUAUAACUGGAAGGCUGCUGUACAGGAGACUGUUUCGGCUACUCUUAACAGAACAGUCUCAAGCGGUAUUAGUGGUGCAAGUUACUACACGGGUACCUUCAAUACUGUGAAUCGUUCCCCAGAUGGAAAAUAUGUUGCGGUUUCAAGCCGUGGAAACUUCUUUUUAACUUGGGAACCUGGCCAGGCUUACUGGCAGCCACAUAACCGAUCAAUUGCAAGAAGAAUUCAGAACAUGGGUUGGAGAGCUGAUGGUGGUCUUUGGCUGCUUGUACGUGGUGGUGGGCUGUAUCUAAGCAAAGGUUCCGGGAUAUCCGAGGACUUUGAGGAAGUGACUGUACAAAGUCGUGGUUUUGGCAUUCUCGACGUUGGAUAUCGCUCACAGGAUGAAGCUUGGGCAGCUGGAGGAAGUGGGAUACUAUUACGAACCACCAAUGGUGGCAAGUCCUGGACGCGUGACAAAGCAGCUGAUAACAUAGCUGCGAAUCUUUAUUCUGUGAAGUUUAUUGAUGAAAAGAUAGGGUUUGUGCUCGGAAAUGAUGGAGUUUUGCUUAGAUAUCUUGGAUGAAGAUGUUCUAUACUUAUGGUUCUUCAGUGAUUGUGGUCAGAGUUUUUGUAUCAGUUUAUGAGCCCCCUUACAAUUUUAUCUUGUGCCCAAGGAAGCAGAAAUGAUUCUUUUCAUUGUCAACAUAUAUGAUAUUGUAAUUAUAAUAGGAUCUUUUGUUUUUGUAUCAAGCUGUUAUAUACCAAUAUUGUUGGAAAUCCAUUCUCUUUUUUGAGGAAGACCAUGACUAAUUGGAUUUGAUCAGCAUGAACUGGUUUUGUACAUUUCAAGAAGUUUCUAAGAAUAUCUAUAGUUUGAGCCUAA